AUGGCUGCAUGGCUGUCCAGUAGACUGGUGAAGAGAAAAUGCAGCUCACUGCUGCCGUGCCCUAUCUCCCUGGCCCCAGUCUGCUCCAGAGGGGUUGCAAGGGUCUCCCCUGCCUCAGGGGCCCUCUCCACCAUCCAGAAAAAGCCUCGGACAGUGGAAGAUCUCCCACAUGUCAGCUUCUUGGAGUUUCUUUGCAGAGUGGUGUUUCAGGGUUUCUACAAACGUAUGCAUGAGCUUCAGAUCUAUGAGAAGCAGCUGUAUGGGCCCAUUUACAGAGACGGACUCAGAUCAAUAUCCUUGAGCACCCCAGAGCUUUUGGCCGAGCUGCUGAGGAAGGAUGAGAAGUUCCCUUGUAGAGGAGACAUGAGUGUGUGGAGGGAAUAUCGUGACAUGAGAGGAUUCGGCUAUGGACCUUUUACAGAGGAUGGAGAGAGGUGGUACAAGCUGAGGGUGGUGCUUAACAAGCGGAUGCUGCAUCCGAAGGACUCGGCCCAGUAUUCUGGGAUUAUCAAUGAUGUGGUUAAAGACUUCACCAAGAAGAUGCGCAGUCUGUGCCAGUGCAGCCCAACAGGAGACUUUGUGACCAACAUUGCCAAUGAGCUUUAUCUGUUUUCACUAGAAGGAAUUGCCUCCAUAUUGUUUGAGACAAGGCUUGGUUGUCUGGAAGAGGAAAUUCCUGGUGGUACACAAGAUUUCAUCAAUUCCAUAGCCCAGAUGCUCUCCUACAACAUGAUAGUGUUUAUUCUUCCCAAGUGGAGCCGGAAUCUGCUGCCCUACUGGGGACGUUACAUUGCUGGCUGGGAGGGCAUCUUCAGCUUUGCCAAAAAAUUGAUUGACAAGAAGUUGGAGAUGAUUCAGCAGCGGGUUGACAACAAGCAGGAUGUGGAGGGUGAAUACCUGACAUACCUACUCUCAAACACGCAGAUGAGCACUAAAGAUGUGUAUGGCAGCGUCACUGAGCUCCUCUUAGCUGGAGUGGACACGACCUCCAACACUCUCACGUGGGCUUUGCACGAGCUUUCCAAGAACCCUGAUAUCCAGGAAAGACUCUAUAAAGAAGUGUCCACUAUGGUACCAUUAGACCGGAUCCCCACCGCUGCUGACAUCACUGGCAUGCCAUAUUUAAAGGCAGUUAUCAAAGAGACGCUGAGGAUGUAUCCUGUUGUUUCUAUGAAUGCGAGGAUCAUUGCAGAAAAGAAUGUUUCUAUUGGUGGAUAUGAGUUCCCAAAAAAAGGACAGGAGGCUAUCCCAGCUACCACAGGGUGA